AUGAAGUCUGCUGCACUCCGGCUGUUUGUCUUUGCCGCCCUGCUAGUUCUUGCUGCGGCUUGGACCAAGGAAGAUUACGAAAUCUUCCGUCUCAACGAUGAAGUCGCUGCUUCCGAAGGCACCAAUGUGACGUUCUACGAUUUCCUUGGUGUCCGACCCAAUGCCAAUCAGGACGAACUGAGCAAGGCCUACCGCAAGAAAUCCAGACUCCUGCACCCCGACAAGGUCAAGCGAUCCUUUAUCGCGAACAGUUCCAAGGACAAGAGCAAGUCCAAGACCAACAAGCAAGGCGUCCAUGUCAACAAGGGCCCUUCGAAGCGCGAGAUUGCUGCUGCCGUCAAGGAGGCCCACGAGCGCGCCGCGCGCCUGAACACUGUCGCCAAUAUCCUGCGCGGGCCCAGCCGUGAGCGCUACGAUCACUUUCUGAGAAACGGCUUCCCCAAGUGGAAGGGCACCGGCUACUACUACUCUCGCUUCCGUCCCGGUCUUGGCUCGGUGCUUCUGGGCUUGUUCCUUGUCUUCGGCGGCGGCGCACAUUACGCUGCUCUCGUGCUCAGCUGGAAGCGUCAGCGGGAGUUUGUCGACCGGUACAUUCGUCAGGCGAGAAGGGCCGCCUGGGGCGACGAAUCGGGCAUCCGUGGAAUCCCCGGUGUCGAUGCUGCCAAUUCUCCCGCCCCGCCCCCGGCGCCUGAAGCGGGCGAAGCGGUCGCGAUGCCCAUGAACCGUCGCCAGAAGCGCAUGAUGGACCGGGAGAACCGCAAGGAGGGCAAGAAAGGUCCCAGGGCCACCCCGCGUGGCUCGGGGACUGCCACUCCAACCAUUGAGUCGGUAGAACCGAUGGGAGAGAGAAAGCGUGUCAUCGCCGAAAAUGGAAAGGUGCUCAUCGUCGACUCCGUCGGGAACGUCUUCUUGGAAGAAGAGUCUGAAGACGGUGAACGUCAGGAAUUCUUGCUCGAUGUGGAAGAGAUUCUGCGUCCCACGAUUCGCGAUACAAUGAUCUUCCGCCUCCCGCUAUGGUUUUACCACAAGACUGUGGGUAGAUUGACUGGAUCUGCAAGCUCGGAUGAUCAUGGACUGGAGGCUGAGGAAGAGCCAGUGGAUAUUGUGGAGCAAGUCGAGGAUAGCAACACUUCCGCUGUCAAUUCGAACGGCGGGUCUUCCAGACGCCGUGCGAAGAAGCGGUCACAGCGGUCAUGA